AUGAGAGUUGUGCUCUUGAGUUCCCUUCUUUUGUGCCUUGGUCAAGCCUUGACCGUAAUGCCACCGCUAUCAGGGAUAGGUUCAACAGCUGAACACCUUCCCCUUGCGCAAAAAGCAAUGAACUACUUUGAUAGUUCGUCCGAUCCAUUUUUUGCAGUCCAGACUUCAAUUGAUAUGCUUCUUGAAGCUGGAUUUGAAGAAUUGGACGACAUGAAACCUUACAGCGGAAGAGUUGUCCCAGGCGGAAGGUACUUUUACACAAGAAACAAGAGUACUAUUGUAGCUUUUGCUGUUGGUGAAGACUAUAAACCUGGUCAUGGAGGCUUCAAGGUUAUUGGUGGGCAUACCGAUUCACCAAACUUGCGGGUCAAGCCCAGAUCCAAAAGAAACGCGAAAGGAACCCAAACGGUCCAAAUUGGAGUCGAAUGUUAUGGUGGUGGGCUCUGGCAUACCUGGUUCGAUAGGGAUCUUGGGAUUUGUGGCCGAGUUUUUGUGAGAUCCCAAAGUGGUUCAAUCCAACAAAAGCUUGUGAAGAUCGAUAGAGCAAUACUGCGUGUUUCCAAUCUUGCUAUUCAUCUUCAGAAUGCAGAGGAGAGGAAAGGUUUUAGUCCGAACAAGGAGGACCACCUCAGUCCUAUUCUAGCUACAGCUGCUACUAAAAGCUUGUCCCAAACCGAAGGCUCCGAUGACACUGCAGGAGAAUCGGAGGGAACAGCAAAUGUCGAAGAAGGAAAGGAAGGAACAACAAAAGACGGGUGGACGGAGUAUCAAGAGCCACUCUUAAUCUCUCUUUUGGCAAGUGAGCUCCACUUGAACAACACUGACAUUGUGGACUUCGAAUUAUCUCUUUUUGACAUCCAAAAGGCUGCUUUAGGAGGGGUGCACUCUGAGUUUGUUCAUUCUGCCAGGUUGGAUAAUCUUGCGAGCUGCUUUCUUGCUGUGCAAGCAUUGGUUGAAUGCGUUGAUGACGAGGAUAUUUUGGUCGGGGACAAAGAUAUCAACAUGGUGGUACUCUACGAUCACGAGGAGGUUGGAAGUAGCUCGGCUGUCGGGGCAGCGGGGCCAAUCUUGAACGAGGCUGUUGACCGCAUUUCUGCAGCUUUGAGUGAGGACGGAAAUGCCUCAGCGGAUGAGCGUGACGCAACAAUCCAUCGCUCGUUUGUUCUCAGUAGCGAUCAAGCACACGCCUUGCACCCGAACUAUGCAAGCAAACAUGAAAAGAGUCAUCAGCCACGAAUGAACGGUGGUAUGGUGAUCAAGCGAAACGCAAACCAACGGUACUCUACCAAUGGUGUAACCGGUCUCGUCAUGCGAGAAGUUGCAAGACGAGCAUCGUUGCCCCCUCUCCAGGAAUUCAUCGUGAGGCAAGACUGUGGAUGCGGAUCUACCAUUGGACCAUUGAUCAGUACGGCAACAGGGAUUCGAGCAAUUGAUAUGGGAUGCCCUCAAUUAUCGAUGCAUUCCAUUCGAGAAACUAUGGGUACUUGCGAUUUGACAAACGGAUUGAAACUUUUCAAAUCAUUCUUUCAGUAUUUUCGUGAAGUGGACGAAUCUGUUGAUCAAUAA